AUGAUGUUCAGAACCUACGGUCGCCGGGGUCGUGGCUUGGGCCGGAGUUGCUCGUCCAGUGGCUUUUCCGAUGGAGUUUCGGGAUCUUCUUCCCAAGAAUUCUCGAAGGAUGUUUACGAUUUCUCGUUUCCGUCCAAUCCGUACGAUUUCGACCCAUCUCAGGAUUCGGGGCGAUCGGCGGCGUUUCUGCCGCCAUGGAAGGAAGGGGAUGAGUUUCGUAACUCGAAGAAAUUGAAGGUAAUUGGAGCCGGUUCAAGGGCCUCCGAUGAAAAUUCUUUGCAAGAAUCGAAGAAAUUCGGGAUUUUGAGGAUUUCUGGUGAAGGGGGUUCGCAGAGAUCGAGGGUGAUGAAGAAGGUCAAUACCGAUCCUUUUGAUUAUGAUUCAUCGCAAGAGGUGGACGAUUUGGGCGUGCCGCCUCGGAGGAAGGGGGGGGGGAGGAUAGAGUUGAGUGACUUGGGUAUUUCUCAGUCAAGAGAUCCCGAAAGUCAAGGUGAUGGCUGGGAACUUGGUGGGGAUUUUGGGAAAUCUAGGAAAAGGGCCAGGGGUGAGGUUAAUCCAGAUCCAUAUGAUUAUAAUUCAUCGCAGGAGUUGGAGGAACAUGUGGUUCCACCUCAAAGCAAGGUCAGGGAUUAUAAGGAAUGGUCGGAGAAGAGCCCUACUUUUGCAUUGGAUUCAAGAGAAAUCUCGGGGCUAGAAAGCCUAGUACUGCUUUUAAAAUGUCUAAAAAUCAUAGAAAAUGCUCUUUUCCUUAGCAAUGAUAAUCAGCGACAUUUACUUGAGAUGAAAGGAAGUUUUGAUGGUCAACGAGCUCCCCAUUCUUUCACAAAGCUUGUUCUGAGUGUCAUUAAAAUUCUCUCAGGUGUUUCAUUACUGAGGAACUCUUCACCAUCCAAUUCCAAAGAUGAAAAGGUGGGCUGUAUUCCUUACGAGGGCAACCAUUUCGAAGGCCUUUUUGGCUUAGGUUUAACUUCUCAGGAAAGUUUUACCCAGCUCGACGUGAUCAGAUCGAGCGCUGGACCCACUCAAUGUUCCGCUGAUGCCCUGUUGCUUAAGCUGAGAGCCGAAUCCUCCAAAUCAGGAAUGUGUGGCGGGACAUCAAGGGAAUCUGAUAGGAUGGUCCGCACGAGUGGUAAUUCAGGAAUGGACGGUCAGGAUCCUUUUAUGUUUAACGAGGAUGACUGUGAGCCCUCAAAGUGGGACGUAAUGUCGGGAAGCUCGAAUAAGCCGUUGUCCCAAGAUAGUCGGAACAGAUCUCGGCUUGCAGCGGCUACUGUUUCAUUACCAAACCCAGAAGGUUCGGCCUCGAAAGAUCAAAGUGAUAUUAUUUCUCUACUGUGCUCAAUCUUCUUGGCUAAUCAAAGCAACACUGAUGCCACCAGAGAGGAGACAUAUUUGUCUUGG